AUGAUUACGUUAAAGGACUAUCCGAAGAAAGAAAAAAGUAGUUGUUUCCUUUUUAAAAAAUCUCUUGUAUUUUCCCUUUUCCUUUGGAUAUGUCAACAUUGCAACAAUGAGGGAACCAUUAGUAAAACAUUAGGUACGGGGCACAACAUAGACACCACUCUGGAUCUAAGGUGUAAUCGAUUAUUAGCCAGACACGAACUGAUUAAUACAGUAGAUGAGGAAAAUAUAAAAGAACAGCUAGGAUAUAAUACACAGAGAAAAAGUGUUUAUCUAAAAAGUGUAAAUAAGUUAGAGAAAGAAGCAGCAAAACGGGGCAAAGUAAAAAGUGGGAAUUCAUCAAAGAGUGGAGAUGUAAAACGUUUGAAUAUAAAAUUUGGAGAUGAAUUAAAAAGCGAAGAAGGAAAAAACGGUAACCUAAAAAUUAAAAGUGAAUUAAAAAGUGGAAAUAAAAUAAAGAAGGAAGAAAAAGAAAAAAACGAGGGUCAGGGAAGCGAGAAUGAAAAGACUGAAGAAGUAGAGGCAGAAAGUGAUGACCAGAGAAGCGAAAAAAGGUUGACUGAAGCAGAUGCAAAAGCGGAAGUGGAGGCCGAAUGUGAUAACCAGAGAAGAAGGGAAAAUGAAUUUACUGAAGCAGAUGCAAAAGUAGAAGUGGAGGCCGAAUGUGAUGACCGGAAAAGUGAUAAUGAAAUGACUGAAGAAGAAGUGGAAGUAGAAGAAGAAGAAGAAGAGGGUGACCAAACAGGUGAACAUGAAUUAAUUUACGAAGUUAAUGAAAAAAAUGAUGAUGAAAAAUGUGAAAGUAAAGAGCCCAAAAUUCGUGUUCUAAAUGUUGAGGUUUUUUUACAGAAAAAAGUAAAAAAAAGGAAAAGCAAAAAUAGAGCUUAA